AGGAUUCAAAAAACUGAAGAAUGGUACCGAAAAGCUGCUGAAGCUGGUAAUCAUGGAAAAUUAAAUCUAGGAAAUCAAUUAUUAGAAAAUGGUAACAAAGGGAAUCAAAUGGGUUAGAGAAGCAGCUAUAGAGGGAUUAGCUGAUGCACAAUUGGAUUUAGGGGAAGCUUAUUAUUUACAAGGUAUGUCGAUGAAGGAAAAAAAAUGGUGGUUAAAGUCAGCUAUGCAAAAUGCAGGUAAACCUAGUGGACAUGCACAACUUAUCCUAGGAAGACUUACAAAUGAUUCCGAACAAUAAUUAAAAUGGUAUCAGAAAGCUGCUGAUAAUGAUGUAAAAAUGGCACAAAAGGAGCUUGCGCUAAUGUAUCGUAUUGGAAAUUGUGGUCUUAAGAAGGAAGUGGUCGAGUUAUAUAACGCAGCUGCUAAAGAUACAAAGCACUAUGCUUAUAUUGAAAAAGGAAAUUGUUGUUCACAGUAUAAUUUGGGAGAAUGCUGUGAGUUAGGAUUAUUGAAAGUAAAUAAAAAUCCUAAAAAAGCACUUAAAUGGUAUAAAGAAGCUGCAAAACAAGGA